AUGUCGACAUCUAAGCUCCCCUGCAUUCCUUCUCUCCGGAAGCAGCAGCUUCAUCUGGAAUUCGCGAGCUUAAAGCAUGCCGCACCGCCAGGGGUCUACGUGAGUCUCGCGCCGGGAGACCCAACACUUUGGAAUGGAGUGAUAUUCGUCCGAUCCGGCCCAUACGCCUCGGCCGUUCUUCGCCUUCAACUUCGAUUUCCCGACACCUACCCCGACCUCCCACCUACCGUCACCUUUGCGACCGACUUGUUCCAUCCAUUGAUCGUGCCCCUCACUACCUAUACUUUUAGCACCGGAUCAGCAAGCGAUAACCCUGUCAGCGCGACAGACGAAGAGCGACUAUCACCAGGUGGCUUCAGUCUGCGCCAUGGUUUCCCGCAUUGGUUUGGUAGGGCAAAGCGCGGCGGUCUCGCAUCGGGAGCUACUUCACGGAAUGUGAGCGGAGUCAGCUCGACUGCUCCAGCAAGCGAAGAGCAAAGCUCCGAGGAACCAGUGACACAUGAUGGUGCCUCGGACGUGUCAGAACCCCCGGUCGCUUUGAAUACCGAACCUGCGGCGAGCGGGGAUGACGGCACAAAUCCGCCUCUGGCAAAGGUUCCCGUUGACCAUAUUGCAGAACCAAGGAAGAUUGUUCCUGUCUCUGAAAUAUUGAACUACAUUCGGUCGACAUUCGACGACGAGUCGGUGCUGGAUUCGUUGCCUGUAGAGGUCGCAGGGAAUCCUGGGGCCUGGCAUGCUUGGAGGGCUCAUCGUCGUGGGGUCUCGGGACCUGGUCACUUCAAGAGAGAAAGCCCGCAGGCCCGACUCCCGGGAGAUUGGCACUGGGAUGGUAUAUGGGCUCGGCGAGUGCAGGAUGAGAUUGAGAACUCUCGUUCUGAACCCAUGCUGUUUGGAAGUUCUGCUCGUGGCGUGGACGAAAUGAUUCGAUUUUCCCGGCUGGACGACACGACUUCGAACUCGGUGAAAGAAAAGAUAACUGCCAUGGCAGAACAUGGCAUCUAA